AUGGAGGUCCUGAGAGAGAAAGUGGAGGAGGAGGAGGCGGCCGAACGUGAGGAAGCUGCUGAAAGGGCAGACUGGGCUGAAAAGAUGGAGAAGCUGAAGCCAGCGAGCAAAGAGGGAACCAUCCUGACACAGGAGGAACUGCAAGACUUGGAGAAACAGCUAGCAGCCAUCCGGGUCCCAACCUCUUCCGAGAUGAUCAUAAACAAGGCCCUCAUCGAUAUCACCAAGCUGCCCCCUUCCUACACCUCCAACUCGCCCAAGGAGGAGCACCUGCUGCAGGUGGCAGAAAACUUCUCCCGCCAGUACAGCCACCUGUGCCCAGACCGCGUGCCUCUCUUCUUGCACCCGCUAAAUGAGUGCGAAGUGCCUAAGUUCGUGAGCACAACGCUGAGACCUACGCUGAUGCCCUACCCUGAACUCUACAACUGGGAUGGCUGCGCCCAGUUUGUGUCUGACUUCCUCACCAUGGUUCCUCUGUCUGACCCACUCAAGCCGCCCACACACCUCUAUUCCUCCACCACCGUGCUCAAGCUCCAGAAGGGGAACUGCUUCGACUCCAGCACCCUGCUCUGCUCCAUGCUCAUUGGCUCUGGCUACGACGCCUACUGCGUCAAUGGCUAUGGCUCACUGGACCUGUGCCUCAUGGACCUGACAAGGGAAGUGUGUCCACUCACCUUGAAGGCCAAGGAGAUAGUCAAGGAGAAAGAGAAGACAGUGCCUAAGAAAUACGCCAUCAAGCCGCCCCGGGACCUGAGCAGCAGGUUUGAGCAGGAGCAGGAGGACAAGAGACUACAGGCAAUUAAGGACCAAGAAGAGAAGCGGCUUAAGGACGAGGAAGAUCGCCUCCUGGCGGCGGAGAAGUCGAAGCCCGACCCCCUGCACGGCCUGCGGGUGCACUCCUGGGUCCUGGUGCUGGCCGGGAAGCGGGAGGUGCCCGAGUGCUUCUUCAUCGACCCGCUGACGGGGCGCAGCUACAGUACCAAGGACGAACACUUCCUGGGCAUCGAGAGCCUCUGGAACCACAAGAACUACUGGAUCAACAUGCAGGACUGCUGGAACUGCUGCAAGGAUUUGGUCUUUGACCUGGGAGAUCCUGUGAGAUGGGAGUACAUGCUCUUGGGGACCGACAAGGCUCACCUGUCCUUGACUAAUGAAGAUGAUGAAGGAAUGGAUGAUGAUGAUGACGACGAUACAGUCAAAGAGGAAGAUGAUAAGAGCUUCGACAUGCCACCUUCAUGGGUCUCCCCGAUUGAGAUCACCCCGGAUGAGUUUGAGACCCGGUGCCCCAGUGGGAAGAAAGUGAUUCAGUACAAGAAGGCACAGGUGGAGAAGUGGUCCCCGUACCUCAACAGCAACGGCCUGGUGUGUCGCCUCACUACCUAUGAGGACCUACAGUGCACCAAGGUUCUGGAGGUAAAGGAGUGGUACCAGAACCGGGAGGAUAUGCUGGAGCUGAAGCACAUCAACAAGAUCACAGGCCUGCAUGUGGACUACUUCAAGCCGGGCCAUCCUCAGUCUCUGCGUGUGCACUCCUAUAAGUCUAUGCAGCCUGAGAUGGACCGAGUCAUGGAGUUCUAUGAAAACAUCCGUGUGGACGGCCUGCAAAAGCGGGAGGAGACCCCCUUAACAAUGACAGAGUACUUCCAGGGGCGCUCAGACUUCCUGUCCUAUCGCCACAUUAUCUUUGGACCCAGAAUUAAGAAGCUCACCCCGAAUAGCGCAGACUCCAACCCAAGACCCGUGGUGAAAAUCACAGAGCGGUUCUUCCGCAAUCCAGAGAAGCUUGCGGAUGAAGACGUUGCCGAGCGCGUGUUUCUGAUCCAGGAGGAGCGCAUCCAGCUCCGCUACCACUGCCGCGAUGACUACAUCACCGCCUCCAAGCGGGAGUUCCUGCGGCACAUGGAGGUGGACAGCAAAGGCAACAAGAUCAUCAUGACUCCCGACAUGUGCAUCAGCUUCGAGGUGGAGCCAAUGGAGCACACCAAGAAACUUCUCUACCAGUAUGAGACCAUGAUUCACCUGAAGCAAGAAGAAAAGCUGUCCCGACAUCAGGCCUGGGAGUCAGAGCUCGAGGUGCUGGAGAUCUUGAAGCUUCGGGAAGAGGAGGAUGAGGCGCAUAAUCUGACCGUUUCCAUCUAUGAUACCAAACGCAAUGAGAAGAGCAAGGAGUAUCGGGAGGCCAUGGAGCGUGUCAUGCAUGAGGAGCACAUGCGGCAGGUGGAGACCCAGCUGGACUACCUGGCCCCGUUCCUGGCACAGCUCCCUCCAGGCGAGAAGCUAACACGCUGGCAGGCGCUGCGUCUCAAGGACGAGUGUCUCAGCGACUUCAAGCAGCGCCUCAUCGACAAGGCUAACCUCAUCCAGGCUCGCUUUGAGAAGGAGACCCAGGAGCUGCAGAAGAAGCAGCAGUGGUACCAGGAGAACCAGGUAACCUUAACGCCGGAGGAAGAAGACCUGUACCUGAGCUACUGCUCUCAGGCCAUGUUCCGUAUCCGCAUCUUAGAACAGCGGCUCAAUCGGCACAAAGAGCUGGCUCCACUGAAGUACCUGGCGCUGGAGGAGAAGCUCUACAAGGACCCACGCUUGGUAGACUUUGUCAAAGUCUUUGUUUAAUGGCCCCUCAUGGGACCACAGCAGGCGCUGCCAGAGAACAGAAUCCCACCCUUCUCCCCAGCCACUGUGACCCCACACCAGCCUCACUGCCACCCCGGAUCCCUACCCCUCCUACUCUCCCUCAAAUAAACAUA